CUACUUAUUUCUGUGAUCUAUGCGAUAAACGAUUUUUCCGACGAUAUGAACUCACAAAACAUAAAAGACUUAAGCAUCAUGUAUGAAUAAUACAUUUUAUAGCUCUGUUGCUCCGGGAGAAUUAAAACUUCCACCUCCAGUCGUCAAAAAAAAUGGUCGCUUUUAUUGUCCACAGUGUGAAACGUCUUUCACUCGUAAGGACAAUCUGCUAUACCAUCUGAAGUAUCAAUGUGGACAAUUACCCCGGUUCUGCUGUCCUUACUGCGAUUACAAAACUAAACAUUCGCCGAACGUAAGGACGCACAUUCGCAGACGUCAUUUCGGCUACAAAGUUUAUCUGUUCGACAGCUUAAAAAAUAUUGAAAUUUACUUCGUCACCGAAGUUGCCGAGACAAUUGAGCUAUCCACGUCUACGCAAUCCUACGAAGACGUCCUCGCACAGCCACAGCCGUCUCUAGUGCUUCCGCAGAUAGUCGCACCGAUCCCGACGACCGCUAAGAAUUCCGCGCGUAAUAUCUGCCACCAGUGCGGAAAGUCGUACGUGCACUUGACCACGCUGAAGCGCCACUUGCGUUACGAGUGCAACAAACCGCCCCGUUUCUGCUGCGUCUAUUGUCCACAGCGCUGCAAACACAAGACCGAUCUGAAAUCGCACAUGCUCCGCUGUCACAAGGGCCAAAAGCUCAGCUUUUUCAUUUGCGACGACAACGAGGCAAACACUCAUGUAAAAUUAAGUAUAAAAACCGCCGAUCGAACAUAUCCAACUAAUCAAUUUUAUAUAUCUUCAGUUUCAGGGUCGUACGACGACACGGGAGAGCAGGGCUACAGGCUCGUUUAUAGCGAAAAUAAUCAGUGUCCUCAGUGCGGAAAAAUGUACGCUUAUCCGAGCACGCUGAAGCGUCACUUGAGAUACGAGUGCGGCAAGUUGCCCGUGUUCGGUUGCCACUGGUGCGUUUAUCGCUCCAAGAGACUGGACUCGCUCAAGGCCCACGAGGCCGUGUGCAAAAUGAAAAAGCAUCAUUAUCCCAACGCAAAUCUGUGAUUCGAUGUACAUAUUAAUUAUAAAAUUGUUGAAGACGCUCGAAGACGACAGUUCGAUCGAAACUUAAUUGUAAUAGGAAAUAAAAGAAAAAAGGCACGAACAAGACUGGUUUUUUUUCAAUCGCACCGCCCUCGAGAAACUUUUGACUUCACAACCCCACUAAUACUCAUAUAGCUGAAAAUUAGGAAAAGUAAAAACCUCGAUAAUCAAGUUGUUGUGCU